AAGAGCAGAGACCCCACCCCCCCUCCUUCUCCUCCCUGUCAGCCCUCCUCACUGCACCGUCAAGACUCGGGGCCUCGGGGCAUCAAGGGAAUUUUAAAGAAAAACCGCUCCACCAGUGUAGAGUCGGACCACAGUGAGAGCUCCACCGCGGAAUGUGCUCCAGCCCAACAAAGCAGCAUCACCCUCAGCCACCCCGAGAGCGAAGAGGGACUGCAGGAGGAGAGUGAAGAGAACAAGGAGGAGGCAGAGGAGGAGAUAGAGGAAGAGGUUGAUCUCGAAAAUGACGGAGAGGAUGAGUCGCCAACAGAUGAUAUCACUGAUGGAAGGUGCUUCAGCAUCGACAGGCAGCAGGGGGAGGGCAGCAGUGGUAGCAGUAGAGGGAGCUUUGAGGAGAUGCGGAGUCCCUCACCUGAUGAGAACCUGGAGAUUACUUCCACGGUGUCUGAGGAUGCUGAGGACCUGGACAGCAGUUUAGAUGGAAGCCUGGGCUCGUCAUUAAAACAGAGACUGGCUGAGUUCAACAGUGGAGAAGGUGAGAACAAGGAUAGAUUGAAGAAGCCCAAGACGACCGAACUGAUCCAGACACCACUGGCUGAUCGCUUCACUAAACUCCAAGAUGCUGAAAAUGCCUGGAAGAAAAAGAAGGGCGGUGUAGAUGUGGAGCCCAAGAUGUCACUGGCAGAGAGGAUGAAGAUCCUUAAAGAGAAGGAGGAACAGUGGAAAAGCAAAGGCAAGGGAGCGGCCAACGACUCGGUCCAGUUCACUGUGGUUGGACGCAUGGCCAAGAGAGGUCUUGUAUCAGACACAGGAAAGGAAGAGUCUCCUCCCGUCUUUCUCAAGAAGUCAAAUGCCACACCCGUGAAGCCGCUUGAAGAAAUCUCUAGUAGAACUGAUGUCAAGGUGGAAGGGGAUAAACGGCUCGACAAGCUCGAGUCCUUCCUCGACAAGCUUCAAAAUAAAGGUGGGAACAAAAGCAAGACCUCCACGAUUGAGGUGACAGCAGAGACGGAGAAAGAGGUGAUGACCCUGGAUGAUCAGGAGACAUUCGGCAGCUUCUACAAGCCUGUGUCACCCUCGACACUCCAGGACACUAUUCUGGUUGUGACUGAGGAGGACCUGUGCCAGAUCCAGGCCAAUGCACCCAAGCUCACCUCAGCUGUAGCAGAACACAGGCGAGCAGUGCGCCCAGCCCGGAGGAACCAGGGCUCCAAGAACCCUCUGCGGGCUCUGGCUGCCCGCAACGACAUCCGGCAGGUCUACACCGAACAGAGACUUAAUGUAGCCACAGUGGAGACCAAGAGGAUCCAAGUGGAGAGGAUGGCAAAACACUCCAACCUAGCUGAUGUGGCCUUGGCAGGCCUCGCCAGCAAAGAAAACUUCCGCAAGGUCAACCUGCGCAGCGUCAAGUCCACCGAUGUUGUGACCAACAACAGCACACUGCCUUUCCACAAACUCAUGCUUAUUCGCAUCAAAGGUCGGAGACAUGUCCAGGUGCGCCUGGUGGAGCCCACAGCCCGCUCGCUAAACAGCGGUGACUGCUUCCUACUCAUAACCCCAAAGCAUUGCUUCAUGUGGAGCGGAGAGUUUGCCAACGUCAUUGAGAAAGCUAAGACGUCAGAGAUGGCUUCGUUUGUUCAAGCCAAGAGGGACCUUGGAUGUAAAGCCCCCCAGGUGACAGUGCUGGAGGAGGGCAUUAAUACUGAGAGCAAAACGGCCAAAGAGUUCUGGAGCCUGCUGGGAGGAAAGACUAAAUACAGGGGAGCAGGGGAGCCAGACGAGGAUGAGCUGUAUGAGAGCGGGGUGUUAGACUCUAAUGGGGUGUACAAACUCCAGGGAGAUAAACUAGUGCCUCAUGAAGACGCCUGGGCCUCCAUUCCAAGUGUGUCCUUGCUCAACUCUAAAGAGGUCUUCGUGUUUGACUUUGGCAGUGAAGUGUACGUAUGGCACGGAAAAGACGUACCCUUGGGUGACAGAAAAGUAGCUGUCAAACUGGGUAAACAGCUCUAUAGCGGCAGCUACAACUAUAGCAACUGCAGAGUCAACCCUUUAGAUGCCUCCUGCACAAAUAAGGACAUGCCUCAGCAGGGGGAGGGUCGUCCAAGCUGGGCUCUGUUUGGCCGACUGUCAGAGCACAAUGAGACUUCCCUGUUCAGAGAGAAGUUCCUGGACUGGGCAGAGAGGAAGAAAGAUGAUGCAGCUCAGGCUGAGGAAAUCAAGAGUCCAGACCACUCCACUGUACGCUGCCUGCUCGACUUGGACCUGCAGCCAUGUGACGCCAAAGCCCUGCUGGACAAUGAGCCGGAGCCAGUGAAAACCAUUCUGGAGGGGGUGGAUGUUCAGCGGGGUCAUGGCCUGGUGAGGACAGAGGAUGGGAGGCAGGCAGACUUGGCAACAGUAGGUGUAGAUGCAUGGCACAUCAAAGAGUACAGUGAGGAGGAGAUGCCUAAAGAGAGCCUGGGCCAAUUACACGAGGGCGACACCUACAUCAUCCGCUGGAAGUACUCUAUUACUACACUGGUGGGGAAGCGGCAGAAACCUGGGGAGCUGUGUGCUGGUGCUCCUGGAAGAGAGAGAACGGCUUGUUUCUUCUGGCAGGGCCGUCACUCUAGCAUCAGUGAGAAAGGAACCUCUGCUCUCAUGACGGUAGAGCUUGGCAACCACAGGGGAUCACAAGUGUUGGUGAGUCAGGGAAAAGAGCCUCCGUGCUUCCUCCAGCUCUUUCAGGGAGGUUUGAUCAUCCACAAGGGCAUCAGAGAAAAUGGUGCCAACAACACAGGUGGCUGGAGGUUGUUCUGUGUCCGUGGUGAGGCAGAGGUGGAGGCCACACUGGUGGAGGUGGAUUGCCAGUGUGCCAGCCUGCGCUCACGUGCCAGCCUAGUGCUGCUUAAUGCUCAGAAAGGCCAUCUCUACUUGUGGCAUGGCUGUAAAGCACAAGCCAAUGCCAAACAGGUGGCUAAAAUAGCUGUGGACAAGCUAACCCAGAGGUGUCCCUCAGAGUUGGGUCUGAGUAGUACCAGCAGUGUUAGAGUUGAAGAAGUGGAGGAAGGGGCUGAACCCCCAGAGUUCAUGAAAGCUUUGGGCCUGCAGGACAGGAAGGCCUAUGACUGUAUGCUGCAAGAUCCAGGGAAGUACAACUACACACCCCGACUGUUCCGGCUGAGUGCCAGCUCUGGGGUGUUCGACGGGGAGGAGCAGCUGUAUCCCGCCAGAGUGACAGAGGGAGUCAUGGCAAUGCCUUUCCUGCAGGAGAAUCUCUACUCCACACAGCAACCAGCCCUGUUCCUGCUGGAUAACCGUAUGGAGGUGUACCUGUGGCAGGGCUGGCAGCCUGAAGACACCCAGUGCACCGGCUCGGCAAAGAUGCGCUGGGACAUGGAGAGAAAGUGUGCCAUGGAGACUGUGCUGCGCUACUGCAAAGAGAAAAAUCAUCGGCGUCCCCCUCUGGCCUAUCUGGUCCUAGCAGGCUGUGAACCCCUCACUUUCACCAACAUCUUCCCGUACUGGGAGAAGGAUACCAGUAUCAGCUCAAUGAGCAAGAGCUCCAAGAACAAGGUGAUCCUAGUGCAGGAGGCACUGUCUGAGCUCAGCAGGCAGCAGUACUCCAUUGAGGAGCUGACCAGGAAGCCACUGCCAGAGGGAGUGGACCCUCUACGCUUGGAGGAUUACCUGUCUGACCAGGACUUCAAGACACUUCUUGAAAUGAGUCGAGUGGAGUUCAACGCCCUGCCAAACUGGAAGCAAAAGAAUCUGAAGAAAAGCAAGUGUCUGUUUUAAACUAAUAUUUUUGUACACAAACUUUCCUGUUUGAUAUGUUCUAAGCAGCUUUACUUAGGUUUUCUAUUCUAAGAAAAAUGUCCUCCAUUUUGUAUAAAGAAAAGCAAAUGUACAAUUUUAUUCAAGCACCAAGCUAUUUUAAUAAUAUCAGCUUAAUGUUUCCAUGUAUUGUUAAUAUAUCAGCCAACAAUUAUGUGCAAUUGUUAAUCAUUUUGAAAAUAAAAUGUUUUCAUUGUAUGGUAAAAAAAAAAAGUUACCCUUUCAGUAUAAAUAUGUAAUAUACUAUAAAUGAAUGUUUUUAUGUUUACUCCAGACAUUUUGUGGGAGAAUAUGUUUACCUGUGGUUUAAAACUGAGGCAGUGUUCCAUCGCUUUUCACAUGUCCUGAGGAAAAACCAGUUGUGGAUUAAAUUGUUCAGAAAAAAUGUCUACAAUUUGAGGCUGACAAAGAGCAGAAGAAAAGCUAAACACAUCAAAGUUAAGAAAACAAUCGCUGUAAUCCACGGUCACACUAGCAAAACGUGAGGAUCUCAGACCAAGAUUGUAUUGUCGAUAUUUGACAUCUCGUGCUAUAACAUAAAGAUUCAAUGUUUAUCUUUUUUUUUCUUUUCUACUUCUUCUUCUUUGCAACAGAAAGUGUGCAGAUAUGGGUGUCACACAGUAAACUCCAAAAUCUCAAAGUUGUUUAUCAGGUAUCGUGACCUUGUGAAGAGCAAAACCUGAAAUUUUAAGCACGAAACUUUGUCUCCUCAGAUAUUAAACACUGAUAAAUUGACUGGCAUUGAAACUGACCCAUCAUAAUUUUUCAAGUUGGAUACGAAAUCCUACCUGGUUCUCAUGAUCAACUGCCUGUGUGCCAGUGAUGGCAGCCCCUCUGAUAGACCGGUUGUUUGGGACCCAAACUAAUCUUUUUUGUCUUUGUCUAAAUGGUUUUAUUUUGUGAAUCUGUGUAUUUGUGGAAGUGUGCAUAAAUGUUCAACUUGUAAAAAAAGUAUUAAGGGUGUAUGUAAGACACAGUAGUAGAGAAACUGUGCAGUAUAAGCUGCCUUUACAGCAAAUGUGCUUCUUGUAAUGGGAUGAUGUAUAUAAAACAAAUUCUCUGCAUGA